AUCUUAACUUUAGUGAAGGAACAUAAGUCUAUUCAGAGUAGAAUUUCAAAGGAUCGACUACACGACAACAAAAUGCCACAAAAAAAUGUUUUACUAGGAUUGAUCGCGUUGGCAGUCGCAUCAUCUGUUUACGGUGAGGACAUUAAAAAAGUUUUGGAACAGCCUUUGGUAAUACCUGCUCCUAAUGUUGUUGUAACUUCAAUGGUUAUAACGUUUCCACCAGGAGAUGAAGGAUCAGCGCCCCAUUAUCACUCAGGCCCAGUAGUGGGACAUGUGUUGAAGGGUUCAUUUUUAUUCCAGGUUGGAGAUGAGUCACCUCGCAUAAUACCAGCUGGAGAAUCGUUCUAUGAAGUAGACCGAAUUACGCACGUGUGGUUCGCCAACGCUUCCGACAAUUCGACCUGUGAAAUUCUAGGUACGAUACUUGGUCGACCUGGAAAACCAAUAAUAACAUUUGUGGAUGGUGUAAACCGACCUAGCCGUGCCGAAGCUAUCGAACUUGCGCGAGCUGCAUCAAAGGUUAAUCCGUCCGAUUGUCCAGCGUCGUAAUAUCUUCACCGAGGGUCAGUCGCUUGACUUCAAAUUUCAAAUGUGAAUGAGAUAUGUUUCAUUCGAUUAAUAUACAUGUGCAUCCGAAGUCUCACA